AUGACCUCGGCGGCCGAUGCCACUAUGAAAGACAUGGACCGCGUGGACAAUUUAGAAGACGCCAAGGGUCGGGACGUUGAUGUUGUCAUGGACCCUAUCCCCGUUCCCGACACGGACUUUGAUCUCACGGGCAUCUCAAGACAAUGCGAUGACGUCGCAGCCGAGAAUGAUUCUUUCUUCGCCAAGUUGGUUGAUUCUGGAGCUUUCAGACUUGGGAAGCCAGACAAGAUUUGGCAUUAA